AUGGCGCCUACUCCAAGUUUAAUCUCUCAUGCUUUCCGCCUGUGUUUCUCCUCCAAGAUCGCGUUCGUCCUUCGCCUCGUCCUCGGAUGCGCUGCAUUUGCGCUCGUAGUCCUUACGUACAUCUGCUACUGGACCAUAUUUGCCACCGGCCUCUCGCCGCAGGCGGAGGAGUUCCGCGACACGUGGGACUCGUGCGUGACGCAGCGCGCGGGACAUCUAUUCAAGCUAAACAUGCUGUCGGAUCUGCAUUCGCAGAAGUGCACGGAUCUGGUAGAAGCCGCCGUCGCCAAAGGGGAGGCAUUGAUGGCGCGCGGGCGGGACUUGCGUGAACGCGGGGAGGCGGAGCACCAGGUUGCUGACGGGUGCACGGUGACGUACGACGCGAGGGCGGAUCCGUGGGAUAACCAUCCGCUGCCUCCUAACAGGUUCUCCCAGUCGGGAUCAUGCCUGCUGGAGUGGGUAAUCUACUCGUCUGAAUGCGGGGUAAACAUGGUGCGCCUCGCGGAUUUCGCGCACAUGGCGGGGAUCAGCUUCUCCAUAAUCGGAAGCCGCCAGCCGUGGACGGGCCAAGGCGGCCGCCUGCGCGCCAUCCGCGACUUCCUCGCGGCGCUGCCGCGUGAUCGCGUCGUGAUCACCACCGACGCCGACGACGUCUUUCUCAUGCCGCACCCCAGAUGCCGCCCGCAAAACUUCCUCGACGCCUUCUUCGCGCUCAACGCGCCCGUAGUUUUCGGCGCGGAGAUAUUCUGCUGGCCGGAUUGGAGGAAGCUAGAGCCGUACUUUCCUCAUAAAAGAGAUUCGUCUGUGAAUCGGUUUCUUAAUGCGGGAGCUUAUGGCGGGUACGCGUGGGCGGUGGCGGAGAUCAUCGAUCUGAUCUACGUGCGCGACUGCAUGCAGGACCAGCGCGGGUUCAUUCUCGCGUUCCUCGCGCAGCAGUACCUCUUCCGCGACAUGCCGCGCGCGCCCAACCCCGACCCCUCCGCCGUGCGCGCCGCGUGGGAAUCGCCGAGCGACGUGGCGGAUGCGGUGCGCGCGCAGGCGGAGGCGGCGGAGUCGGCGAGCAGAGCGGCGUGGCGGAACAACCGCACGGUGCAGUUCGACUCCGCCAUGUCGCCGUUCCACCGCCUGCCCGCCAAGCCUAAGCAGCGCGUCAUGGACGAAGCGCGGCGCGCCGGGCACAGGGGCGCGGCGGCGGUGAUGGCGGCGCCGUUCAUGAAGCUGGACCACUACAGCUCGCUGUUCAUGCACCUGGGGGGUCUCAACUGGGACAACUUCACGAUUCUGGGUACAGGGGAGCAGGCGCUGGUGCGACAGGUUAAUUCGGGGGGGGAGGCAUGCAUCUUGCACCAGCAGGGGAAUAAGCUCACCAAUAUCUCCAUGCCUUAUAUAAUGAAGGAUACAGGUUUGGAGGAGCUGAGAGAGGCGCGAGGGGUACUAGCUGAAUCUAGCUGUGUUGAGGUCUGUUGUAGCAAAGAAGGGGAUGGGGGGAAGCAGGGAAGGGGAUGGGGGAAGCAGGGAAGGGGAUGGGGGAAAGCAGGGAAGGGGAUGGGGGGAAGCAGGGAAGGGGAUGGGGGAAAGCAGAGAAGGGGAUGGGGGGAAGCAGAGAAGAGUUUGGGGGGAAGCAGAGAAGGGGAUGGGGAAAAGCAGGGAAGGGGAUGGGGGGGAAGCAGAGAAGGGGAUAGGGGGAAGCAGGGAAGGGGAUGGGGGGAAGCAGGGAAGGGGAUGGGGGGAAGCAGUGAAGGGGAUGGGGGAAAGAAGAGAAGGGGAUGGGGGGAAGCAGUGAAGGUGAUGGGGGAAAGCAGAGAAGGGGAUGGGGGGAAGCAGGGAAAGGGAUGGGGGGAAGCAGGGAAGGGGAUGGGAGGAAGCAGGGAAGGGGAUGGGGGAAAGAAGAGAAGGGGAUGGGGGGAACCAGGGAAGUGGAUGGGGGGAAGCAGGGAAGGGGAUGGGGGGAAGCAGGGAAGGGGAUGGGAGGAAGCAGAGAAGGGGAUGGGGGGAAGCAGGGAAGGGGAUGGGGGGAAGCAGGGAAUGGGAUGUGGGGAAGCAGAGAAGAGGAUGGGGGGAAGCAGAGAAGGGGAUGGGGGAAAGCAGGGAAGGGGAUGGGGGGAAGCAGUGAAGGGAAUGGUGGGAAGCAGGGAAGGGGAUGGGGGGAAGCAGGGAAGGGGAUGGGGGGAAGCAGAGAAGGGGAUGGGAGGAAGCAGAGAAGGGGAUGGGGGGAAGCAGGGAAGGGGAUGGGGGGAAGCAGGGAAGGGGAUGGGGGGAAGCAGGGAAGGGGAUGGGGGGAAGCAGGGAAGAGGAUGGCGGAAAGCAUGGAAGGAGAUGGGGGGAAGCAGGGAAGGGGAUGGGGGGAAGCAGAGAAGGGGAUGGGGGGAAGCAGAGAAGGGUAUGGGGGGAAGCAGGGAAGGGGAUGGGGGGAAGCAGGGAAGGGGAUGGGGGGAAGCAGAGAAGGGGAUGGGGGGAAGCAGGGAAGGGGAUGGGGGGAAGCAGGGAAGGGGAUGGCGGGAAGCAGGGAAGGGGAUGGGGGGAAGCAGGAAAGGGGAUGGGGGGAAGCAGGGAAGGGGAUGGGGGGAAGCAGAGAAGGGGAUGGGGGGAAGCAGGGAAGGGUAUGGGGGGAAGCAGGGAAGGGGAUGGGGGGAAGCAGGGAAGGGGAUGGGGGGAAGCAGAGAAGGGGAUGGGGGGAAGCAGGGAAGGGGAUGGGGGGAAGCAGGGAAGGGGAUGGCGGGAAGCAGGGAAGGGGAUGGGGGGAAGCAGGAAAGGGGAUGGGGGGAAGCAGGGAAGGGGAUGGGGGAAAGAAGAGAAAGGGAUGGGGGGAAGCAGAGAAGGGGAUGGGGGAAAGCAGAGAAGGGGAUGGGGGGAAGCAGGGAUGGGAGGAAGCAGAAAAGGGGAGGGGGGAAGCAGGGAAGGGGAUGGGGGGAAGCAGAGAAGGGGAUGGGGGGAAGCAGGGAAGGGGAUGGGGGAAAGCAGGGAAGGGGAUCGGGGGAAGCAGAGAAGGGAAUGGGGGGAAGCAGAGAAGGGGAUGGGGGGAAGCAGGGAAUGAGAUGUGGGGAAGCAGAGAAGGGGAUGGGGGAAAGCAGAGAAGGGGAUGGGGGGAAGCAGGGAGAGGGAUGGGGGGAAGCAGGGAAGGGGAUGGGGGGAAGCAGGGAAGGGGAUGGGGGAAAGAAGAGAAGGGGAUGGGGGGAAGCAGAGAAGGGGAUGGGGGAAUGCAGAGAAGGGGAUGCGGGGAAGCAGUUAAGGGGAUGGGGGGAAGCAGGGAAGGGGAUGGGGGGAAGCAGGGAAGGGGAUGGGGGAAAGCAGGGAAGGGGAUGGGAGGAAGCAGAGAAGGGGAUGGGGGGAAGCAGGGAAGGGGAUGGGGGGAAGCAGGGAAGGGGAUGGGGGGAAGCAGGGAAGAGGAUGGGGGAAAGCAGGGAAGGAGAUGGGGGGAAGCAGGGAAGGGGAUGGGGGGAAGCAGGUAAGGGGAUGGGGGGAAGCAGAGAAGGGGAUGGGGGGAAGCAGGGAAGGGUAUGGGGGGAAGCAGAGAAGGGGAUGGGGGGAAGCAGGGAAGGGGAUGGGGGGAAGCAGGGAAGGGGAUGGCGGGAAGCAGGGAAGGGGAUGGGGGGAAGCUGGAAAGGGGAUGGGGGUAAGCAGGGAAGGGGAUGGGGGAAAGAAGAGAAGGGGAUGGGGGGAAGCAGAGAAGGGGAUGGGGGAAAGCAGAGAAGUGGAUGGGGGGAAGCAGUGGAGGGGAUGGGGGGAAGCAGGGAAGGGGAUGAGGGGAAGCAGGGAAGCGGUUGGGGGGAAGCAGGGAAGGGGAUGGGGGGAAGCAGAGAAGGGGAUGGGGGGAAGCAGGGAAGGGGAUGGGGGGAAGCACGGAAGGGGAUGGGGGGUAGCAGGGAAGGGGAUGGGGGGAAGCAGAGAAGGGGAUUGGGGGAAGCAGGGAAGGGGAUGGGGGGAAGCAGGGAAGGGGAUGGCGGGAAGCAGGGAAGGGGAUGGGGGGAAGCAGGAAAGGGGAUGGGGGGAAGCAGGGAAGGGGAUGGGGGGAAGCAGAGAAGGGGAUGGGGGGAAGCAGGGAAGGGGACGGGGGGAAGCAGGGAAGGGGAUGGCGGGAAGCAGGGAAGGGGAUGGGGGGAAGCUGGAAAGGGGAUGGGGGUAAGCAGGGAAGGGGAUGGGGGAAAGAAGAGAAGGGGAUGGGGGGAAGCAGAGAAGGGGAUGGGGGAAAGCAGAGAAGUGGAUGGGGGGAAGCAGUGGAGGGGAUGGGGGGAAGCAGGGAAGGGGAUGAGGGGAAGCAGGGAAGGGGUUGGGGGGAAGCAGGGAAGAGGAUGGGGGGAAGCAGAGAAGGGGAUGGGGGGAAGCAGGGAAGGGGAUGGGGGGAAGCACGGAAGGGGAUGGGGGGUAGCAGGGAAGGGGAUGGGGGAAAGCAGAGAAGGGUAUGGGGGGAAGCAGAGAAGAGGAUGGGGGGAAGGAGGGAAGGGGAUGGGGGAAAGCAGAGAAGGGGAUGGUGGAAGCAGGGAAGGGGAUGGGGGGAAGCACGGAAGGGGAUGGGAGGAAGCAGAAAAGGGGAGGGGGGAAGCAGGGAAGGCGAUGGGGGGAAGCAGAGAAGGGGAUGGGGGAAAGCAGAGAAGGGGAUGGAGGAAGCAGAGAAGGGGAUGGGGGAAAGCAGGGAAGGGGAUGGGGGGAAGCAGGGAAGGGGAUGGGGGAAAUCAGAUAAGGGGAUGGGGGGAAGCAGAGAAGAGUAUGGGGGGAAGCAGAGAAGGGGAUGGGGGAAAGCAGGGAAGGGGAUGGGGGGGAAGCAGAGAAGGGUAUGGGGGGAAGCAGGGAAGGGGAUAG